CUGCGGGUCUCGCAGGGCCCUCGGCCACCCGGGCGACAAGCCAGCGCUGGGGGUUGUGGCCAAAUCCCGCCCAGAAGAACCAUGUCCACCAUGGUCCCCGGCUGGAACCACGGUAAUAUCACCCGCUCGAAGGCGGAGGAGCUACUCUCCAGGACGGGCAAGGACGGGAGCUUCCUCGUGCGUGCCAGCGAGUCCAUCCCGCGGGCACACGCGCUCUGUGUGCUGUACCGGAAUUGCGUUUACACUUACAGAAUCUUACCCAAUGACGAUGACAAAUUAACUGUGCAGGCCUCCGAAGGUGUCCCCAUGAGGUUCUUCACGAAGUUGGACCAGCUCAUUGAGUUUUACAAGAAGGAAAACAUGGGGCUGGUGACCCAUCUGCAGUACCCCGUACCGCUGGAGGAGGAGGACGCAGUGGACGAGGCGGAGGAGGACACGGAAAAUACCAUGUCCCCACCGGAGCUGCCGCCCAGAAACAUCCCCACGACUGCUGGGCUCUGUGAGGCCAAAGAGCUUCCUCUGGCAGCGGAGAGCCCCCGAGCCCCCGAGGUCAGCCGGCCCAGUCUUUCGGAGACACUCUUUCAGCGGCUGCAGAACAUGGAUACCAGUGGGCUUCCAGAAGAACAUCUGAAAGCCAUCCAAGACUAUUUGAGCAAUCAGCUCACCCUGGACUCUGACUUCCUGAAGACAGGCUCCAGCAACCUUCCUCACUUGAAGAAGCUGACCUCGCUGCUCUGCAAAGAGCUUCACGGGGAAGUUGUCCGGACCCUGCCAUCCCUGGAGUCGCUGCAGAAGUUGUUUGACCAGCAGCUCUCCCCCAGCCUCCGUCCACGACCUCAGGUGUCCAGCGAAGCCAGUCCCAUCAACAUGGUGGCCAAGCUCAGCCAGCUGACCAGUCUGCUGUCCUCCAUCGAAGAUAAGGUCAAGGCCUUGCUUCACGAGGGUUCCGAGUCUCCCCACCGCCGUUCCCUCAUCCCUCCAGUCACCUUUGAGGUGAAAUCGGAGUCACUGGGGAUUCCUCAGAAAAUGCAUCUCAAGGUGGAUGUCGAGUCUGGGAAACUGAUCAUUAAGAAGUCCAAGGAUGGUUCUGAGGACAAGUUCUACAGCCACAAGAAAAUCCUGCAGCUGAUCAAGUCCCAGAAGUUUCUGAACAAGCUGGUGAUUCUGGUGGAGACAGAGAAGGAGAAGACUCUGCGGAAGGAAUACGUGUUUGCUGACUCUAAAAAGAGAGAAGGCUUCUGCCAGCUCCUGCAGCAGAUGAAGAAUAAGCACUCAGAGCGGCCUGAGCCUGACAUGAUCACCAUCUUCAUCGGCACCUGGAACAUGGGUAACGCCCCCCCUCCCAAGAAGAUCACGUCCUGGUUUCUCUCCAAGGGCCAGGGAAAGACGAGGGAUGACUCUGCCGACUACAUCCCCCAUGACAUCUACGUGAUCGGCACGCAGGAGGACCCCCUGGGGGAGAAGGAGUGGCUGGAGAUACUCAGACACUCCCUGCAAGAAGUCACCAGCAUGACUUUUAAAACCGUGGCCAUCCACACGCUCUGGAACAUCCGCAUCGUGGUCCUGGCCAAGCCGGAGCAUGAGAAUCGCAUCAGUCACAUCUGCACGGACAGUGUGAAGACGGGCAUUGCAAACGCCCUGGGGAACAAGGGAGCUGUGGGGGUGUCGUUCAUGUUCAAUGGGACCUCCUUGGGGUUUGUCAACAGCCAUUUGACUUCCGGAAGUGAAAAGAAGCUCAGGCGAAACCAAAAUUACAUGAACAUCCUGCGGUUCCUGGCCCUGGGAGACAAGAAGCUGAGUUCCUUUAACAUUACUCACCGCUUCACCCAUCUCUUCUGGCUUGGGGAUCUCAACUACCGGGUGGAGCUGCCCACCUGGGAGGCAGAGGCCAUCAUCCAGAAGAUCAAGCAGCAGCAGUAUGUGGAGCUGCUGAGCCACGACCAGCUGCUGAUGGAGAGGAAAGCUCAGAAGGUCUUCCUGCACUUUGAGGAAGAGGAAAUCACCUUUGCUCCCACCUACCGAUUCGAAAGACUGACCCGUGACAAGUACGCCUACACAAAGCAAAAAGCAACCGGGAUAAAGUACAACCUGCCAUCCUGGUGCGACCGUGUGCUCUGGAAAUCUUACCCCCUGGUGCACGUGGUAUGUCAGUCCUAUGGCAGUACCAGCGACAUCAUGACAAGCGACCACAGCCCCGUCUUUGCCACCUUCGAAGCAGGGGUCACCUCCCAGUUUGUCUCCAAGAACGGCCCCGGCACCGUGGGCAGUCAAGGACAGAUUGAGUUCCUCACCUGCUAUGCCACCCUGAAGACCAAGUCCCAGACCAAGUUCUACCUGGAAUUCCACUCGAGCUGCUUGGAGAGUUUUGUCAAGAGUCAGGAAGGAGAAAAUGAAGAAGGAAGUGAUGGAGAGCUGGUAGUGAGGUUUGGCGAGACCCUUCCCAAGCUGAAGCCCAUCAUCUCAGACCCCGAGUACCUGCUGGACCAGCACAUCCUGAUCAGCAUCAAGUCCUCUGACAGCGAUGAGUCCUACGGUGAAGGCUGUGUUGCCCUUCGGUUGGAGGCCACAGAGACCCAGCUGCCCAUCUACACACCUCUCACCCACCACGGGGAGAUGACCGGCCACUUCCGGGGGGAAAUUAAGCUGCAGACUUCACAGGGCAAGAAGAGAGAGAAGCUCUACGACUUCGUGAAGACAGAGCGUGACGAAUCCAUCGGAGCCAAGUGCCUAAAGAGCCUCACCAGCCAUGACCCGAUGAGGCAGUGGGAGCCUAGCAUCAGGGCCCCUGCCUGUGGUGUCCCCAGCCUUUCUGAGAUCAUCAACCCCAACUACAUGGGCAUGGGGCCCUUCGGACAGCCCACGCUCGGGAAACCCACCCUGUCCCCAGACCAGCAGCCCACAGCCUGGAGCUAUGACCAACCGCCCAAGGACUCCUCCCUGGGACCUGGCAGGGGAGAAGGACCUCUGACCCCUCCGUCCCAGCCACCCUUGUCACCAAAGAAGUUUUCAUCGUCUACAGCCAACCGAUGUCCCUGCCCCCGGAUGCAGGAGACAAGGCCUGGUGACCUGGGGAAGAGCCCCACCGAGGCGUUGCUUCAGGAGGACGCGCCACUGACAAAACCGGAGAUGUUUGAAAACCCUCUGUACGGGUCCAUGAGCUGCUUCCCGAAGCUGGUGCCCAGGAAGGAGCAGGAGUCCCCCAAGAUGCCGCGGAAGGAAGCACCCCCCUGUCCAGAGCCUGGGAUCUCCUCUCCCAGCAUCCUGCUCACCAAAGCCCAAGAGGCCGAGGGCAGCAAGGGGACAGGCAAGCAGGCCCCCGUGUCCGCGUUCGGCCCCACGCCCAGGGUCCGCUCCUUCACCUGCUCGUCCUCCGCCGAAGGCAGGCCCUCCAGUGGGGACAAGGGCCCAGGGAAACCCAAGGCUCCGGCCAGCUCUCCAGCCCCGGUGCCGGCCAAGAGGCCCAUCAAGCCUUCCAGAUCAGAAGUAAGCCCACAGACAACGCCCAGCCCCGCGCCACGGCCACCCCUGCCUGUCAAGAGCCCGGCCGUCCUGCAGCUGCAGUACUCGAAGGGCCGAGACUACCGCGACAACACGGAGCUGCCCCACCACGGCAAGCCCCGGCCCGAGGAGGGGCUGCUCGGCAGGACCGCGAUGCAGUGAAGCCCUUGGUGAGCCGCCCGCGAUGGGAGCCCGGAGGAGCAGUGCAAAGCUGGCCUCAGCCUCUCUGGGGACCUCCUGCUGCAUCCUCUUACCUGACUUCUGGUGUAAGGCUGUGACUCUUCCAGCCAAAGAAGCGUGCUGGCUGUGACCCCGGGCCAGAAGAGGUGCUGAGGCUAGAUGGAAAACACACACCAGCUGGCAACAGACAGCCGACCUGAGCUUCAGGAUUUGGGACCCCAGGACCUUGCUCUGUCUGGUUGCCAUUUUGAAGAGAGGGACUGAGGUGCUCAUCAGAAGGUAGAGAUGUGAAUAAUAAUAAUAUUAAUAAUAAUAAUAAUGCCACACAGGAGGUACACUAGCCCUGUGCCACAGGCUGUGUUAAGUGCCUUAUAAACACUUGCCAGGAUGACGUCCUGAGCUGACGUUCCAGCCGAUCUGAACAAUGUGCCCUGGGGGCUUGAGAUGAAGCAUUAAGAAGGCCAGUGACCCCCUGACUGAAUCAGGCCCAGCUACGGGGACCUGAAGACUCUAUAUGGCUGAUCUAGGGCACAAGGAACCUGGCCGUGCCCAGUUUUCAGCGAAGGCCGAGGUCCUGGCCCAGCCCGCCUGGGGAGCGGGACUCUGCUUGCUUUCUGUCAGCUUUUGAGGUUACAGGAACUGGAGCGUCAGCUCCAAACUGCCUAGUGACAAAAUCGAGCCUCAGGCAGAGCAGGCCCCUGUCAAGUCCACAUGCCACGCUCCUAAUCCAUGCCUUGCCACUGGGGUUAGGCAGCUGCCCCCGGUCCUGGGUCCCACCCCCAACAGUUCUGUCGUAUCUCUACGUGCUAAGGGAGAGCCUCUGCUGCUGCUCCUGAGGACUGAACUCUUAGCCCGCUGCCGGCGGUGAGUGGGAAGCUGGGUCCCAGGCUCUCAAAAUAGCACAGCCUUUUCUGCCCAAGCUCGGUGGUAUUCAACCUGCAUCCUUGGUUACCAGCAGAAUACAAUGGUAAUGCUGUUUCUUGGUGGGUUUGUUUGUUUGUUUGUUUAUGGCUUGGGUGUUUUUGUUGUUGUUGUUUUUUCUUAUUUGGAGGUAGGGUCUCACUCUAGCCGAGGUUGACCCUGUGUUGCUUUUAUGACAUGAGAGAAUUAGUGCAAGAAACCAAACCCAGAGGUGUGUUCAAGAGCAGGAGAGCAGGCAGAUAGCCUAUGCGCCCCAGGCUGUGUGACCAAUAAAUUGUGCCUUUCUCACCUGG